AUGAAAAAGGCUAGCACAGAUAAGGAUGGCAAUGAUAAAGCUGCCGAGCGCCUGAACCAGGUAUCUUCGCAUAUCUCCCCCGAUAAACCGAAAACCAGUCCCACUCGACUACCAGCGGACUACUCCGACGUGCUCGGACAAAUUGCUACACUCCGUCAAAUAGCCGCCACACCAGAUCCAAACCACCGUGGCUAUGUGCGCCAGAAACAAGCUGGAAAAUUAUGGGUUCGUGAGCGCAUUGAGCAAGUUCUCGAUGAGGGCAGUUUCCAAGAGAUCGGAUCUGUCUCUGGCACGGUGACGUGGAAGAAGACUGCGCCUAUGCGUGAGAAACCCGUUGCCUUUGUGCCUAGUAAUAAUGUACAAGGUGCGGGGACUUUGCGAGGUAGGAAGGUGUUGCUCACUGCGGAUGAUUUCAGUAUCCGAUCUGGUCAUGCAGACGGUUCUAGUCAAGGAAAGACGGUGUAUGUGGAGAAAUUAGCCAUUGCACUGCGAUUGCCGGUUGUGAAGCUUGUUGACGGGAGCUCGGGGGGUGGGAGUGUGACUACUAUACGGAAAGAAGGUUGGAGCUAUCUUCCCCAUGUUGCGUCGUUUGCACCUGUGAUUCAGCAGUUGAAUAUGGGAAUCCCUAAUCUGGGAGCGGUUGUAGGCCCGGCUAUUGGUCUCGGUGCUGCGCGAGUCGUGUCAUGCCACUUCUCUGUGAUGGCAGCAGAUAUCGGAUCGCUGUUCAACGCUGGCCCCAAGGUCGUGGAGGGUGCAACGUUCGAGGAAGGGUUGAACUUUCAGGACCUCGGAGGCCCAAUGGUGCAUUGCACGAAUGGCACAAUUGAUAAUCUUGCCGCCAACGAGGCUGAGUGCUUUGAGCAACUGCGGACUGUUCUUAGCUAUCUGCCCAAUUCAGGUAGUGAAGCUCCGCCAGUCAUUCCCUGCAAUGAUCCAGAAGACCGCGAGGACCUAUCGCUACGCAGUAUCAUUCCUCGCCGACAGGCCCGCAUGUACAAUCCUCGUACGAUCAUCACAUCGGUCGUUGAUGAAGGCUCUUGGUUUGAGAUUGGUGCACUAUGGGGCAGAACAGCCAUUGGUGGUCUCGCACGUCUUGGUGGAAGACCUGCCGGAGUGAUCUCGCUUAAUUGCGAAGUGAAUGGCGGUGCAUUGGAUGCUGCCGGUAGCCAGAAGCUCACUCGGUUGCUGAAGAUGUGUGACGUAAUGAACCUGCCCAUUGUGCAGUUUCUUGAUGUCCCCGGCUACGCUAUCGGUACCGUUGCCGAACGCACUGCAACCAUGCGCUGGGGCGUCGAGUUAGCCAAAACUUACUAUACAACGACAAUGCCAAUCUUCAAUGUGGUGACCCGAAGAGUCUUCGGUGUUGCUGGUGGCGUGAUGAUAGGUAGCCGAGAUCCUGAAAUGCAAGUCGCAUGGCCAUCCGGACAAUGGGGUUCACUACCUCUGGACGGUGGGAUUGAGGUGGGGCACCGACACGAGCUACGAGAGGCAGAGAAAGUGGGGAAGAAAGAAGAAAGGUACAAGGAGCUUGAAGAGGAGUAUCUGCGUCUGAUGAAUCCUGUGCGCACGGCGAAUGCGUUUGGUGUAGAGGAGAUCAUCGAUCCGAAAGAUACGAGGAGUGUUUGCUGUGCUUGGGCUUCACAUGUUUACGACGUGCUUAUGCGGGAGAGAUUGGCUGAUCGGGCUAAUGGCAAGAUUCACCCGUCUUUUGCUUAA